AUGCCUCAGAAUCCCUCGACCACCGCCACGGGCAACAAGCCUCGGGUUAUCUUGGGGUUGAUGACCUUUGGCCCUCCCGGUACCGAAGCCGAGGGUUCACGUAUCGUCUCAAUCGACGAGUAUAACAAAUGCCUCGACACUUUACAGUCACGAGGCUGCAACGAAGUCGAUACAGCUCGAAUGUACAUUGGCGGCGCCCAGGAGGCCUUCACUCGUGAGGCAAGGUGGAAAGAGCGCGGAUUGACGCUCGCGACGAAAAAUUACCCAAUCGUCCCUGGUGACCACGAACCCACGAAGCUGCGCGCCACCCUGGAGAAGAGCUUGUCAGAGCUAGGGACGUCAUCCGUGGACCUUCUCUACCUGCAUGCGCCCGAUCGAAGUGUGCCAUUUGUCGACACACUGCGAGAGUUGAACAAACUGCAUCAGGAAGGGAAAUUCGUGAAGCUCGGGUUGUCUAACUUCGCCUCCUGGGAGGUGGCUGAGGUGUGGAACAUUGCCAACGAUAAUGGUUGGGUCAAGCCAUCCGUUUACCAGGCAUUGUACAACUGCAUCACUCGCUCCAUCGAGCUUGAACUAAUUCCAUGCUGUCGCAAGUUCGGGAUCGACAUUGUCAUCUUCAACCCGCUUGCAGGCGGCCUGUUCAGUGGCAAGUACAAGUCCAAGGAUGCGCCGACGGAGGGUCGUUUUAGCACCCAAAGCCCGAUAUUUGGAAAGCUUUACCGCGGCCGCUACUUUCAAGACCCCAUCUUCAGCGCACUCGCCAUAAUCCAGCCGAUCGCAGAGAAGAGUGGCUUGACCCUACUUGAGACUGCGCUACGGUGGUGCGUCCACCACUCCGCAUUGAAGGUCACCGAUGGAAAUGACGGCAUCAUCAUUGGCGUCAGCAGCCUGAAGCAAUUGGAUAGUAAUCUGACCGAUCUGGAAAAGGGUCCGCUGCCAGAAGAAGUAGUGAAAGCGAUCGAUGAAGCUUGGGAUAGUCUCAAGUCUCGCGCAGCCAACUACUUCCAUUAG